GCGAUGCAGCAUCCCGGCCGGGAGUUACGUUAUUGUAGCCGAGGAUCGCGCGGAUACAAACUCUCUUCUCUCUUCCCGUAUACGCGGUGUCAUGGUGCGCGUCUCUGUCGUCUCCUCGCAUGGCGAUUAACUGAGGCAUCGCGGCGUUGUUAUUACGUAUCUCGAAUCGUCUACUUGCGCCUCUUUCGAUCGUCCGCGAUGUCGAGAGGUCGACGGCAACCGUGAACUGAUAUCGGAGCCGAUAUCUCCCGCGAACUGUGCGCGGUCCAGGGAUCUACGGAGUCGGUCCUCUCGUCUCAUCUGCCGAGGAGAAAUUAUGAAGACGGAAGUCGAGGACACGAGCGGCGACGGAGCGUGCGACGGCAGCAUCGGCGGAUCCAAUCUCGCCUGUCCCGAGGGCACCAGCGGCCUGGUCGUCGGCCCGGAAACGUCGCCCAGCGUAAUGGAGUGUGGUGGAUGCGGCGAACGCGUACGCGAGCGGACAGUCCUGUGCGUGGGCGGACGUUCGUGGCACUCCAGGUGCCUGAGGUGUUGCGCCUGUGCCAGGCCGUUGCACGAUCAGCACUCUUGCUUCCUGAGAGGCAUGCGGCUCUACUGCAGGCACGACUACGCCCUAGCUUUCGGCGCAAAGUGCGCAAAAUGCGGACGCAGCGUGGGCGCCGGAGAUUGGGUGAGAAGGGCCAGAGAAAGGGUUUAUCAUCUGGCUUGCUUCGCGUGCGACGCUUGCUCGCGUCAGCUGUCGACCGGCGAGCAGUUUGCCCUUGUGGACGCCCGAUUGCUCUGCAAAGCGCACUAUCUCGACGUCGUCGAGGGCAACAAUACCUCCUCCGAUGAAGGCGGUGACUCCGAGAGUGGUCAUAAGGGUGGUAACAAGGCGAAGAGGGUCAGGACGACCUUUACCGAGGAGCAGCUCUCCGUUCUACAAGCGAAUUUUCAAUUGGACAGCAAUCCCGACGGCCAGGACCUCGAAAGGAUAGCGCACGUAACCGGGCUCAGCAAGAGGGUGACGCAAGUGUGGUUCCAAAAUUCGAGGGCGAGGCAGAAGAAACACCUUCACACGGGCAAGAUGAAGGGGCAGCACGUAAUUACAAGAGCGUCGAAGACAGGAAUUUUUCCAGUGCAUCAGUCGCCGCCAAACUCCACCGCGUCGCCCAACGAUUUCAGUCGUCACAUCAACUUACAUCUAACGUACUCGUUUCAACAUCAGCAGCAGCAUCAGCAGCAACAACAGCCGCAGCUUAGCCCGGCCACGUGUAAGAGUCCCACGGGCUCCAUUUAUCACAAUCACGGCUCGGAACAGUCGAUGGACGAACUCUCCCAAGAUUCGAUGCUGCUGUCCAUGCCGAACGAGGUUUAAUGAACGCCGAAAGCAUUCGAAACGUGUUGUAAAUAAGCACGUACUUUGUUUUAAAAGUGUCAAAGUGAUACAUAACUCGCGGAGAAGCAUCUCGCACAAGCUCAAGUCUCGAUAUCCGUUUCACUUAAGUCAAAAGUGGAAGUUUACUCGCAGCGCAUAUUGUAUCUCUCGGUGUUAAUUCUAUCGAAGAAUGAAUAUUCCGUGUUACAACGCGAACAAGAAAUCGGCGAACAUAAAUAGAGGUGUGUAUGUGCGCGGGUGUGCGUAUGUGUGUGUGUUAUGAUUUCGUCCUAUAUGUUAUGAAUCGAUCUCUCUGUCUACCUCUUGGUUGUGUUUGAUAAUUUUUUGUACUUGAUCUCUCUCCUCCUUUCUCCUUCCCUCUCUAUAAUUUAUUAAUAGAAUAAAAGAGAAGGCGUUUAAUAUAAUUCCAUGCUAAUUAGGUAUAUGGAAUAUAAAAUAAAAAACUCUUUUCGAGUUUUCGAAUAAGUUCGAAGAACAGUUCUGUUUAUAUUUUUAUUUAUUUAUUUUUGUUAUAUAUUCCUUUUCGUAAA